AUGCGAUACAGCCCAGGGCGACUUCGAAAAGCCCACCAUUCCUGGAUUUUCCUCUUCUUCCUCGUGUUUCUCUUGGUCACUAUUGUAUCUGCGGAGCCGGCGGCAGCGACUGAAACCACAGCCGCUCAGACCACCGGCGAUCCCUCUGCCACUGAUAAAGCCACUAGCGCGGCCGAUACCACAUCAGCUGCAUCGACUACCGAUUCCACGACUGACACCUCUCGCACUACCGACUCGUCGGAGUCCUCGGCAGAACCAAAAACAACCUCUGCCAGCAUGGAUCAGACUACAUCCACUUCGUCCUCCGAGACGGCUUCCACAACCUCUACCUCCUCCGAUAGCACAACAUCCGUUCCCACAACAACCACAUCAACACCAUCAUCCACCUCGACCAGCGCCGCUGCUAUUGUAACCGUUCCCCCGACCGAUGGCGCACCGUAUUUACAGACAUCCAACACACCGGAAGGCACGGUAUUCAUCGCUGUCGGUGCUAUCCUGGGUUUGAUCGGGCUCGCUGUACUUGCAUGGAGGGGAAUGGUCGCAUGGUCGGUCAACCGCUCAGUGCGCAACGCCGCACUCGCACAAUCCGCAGAAUCAAAGAGACUCCUUCGAGGAAGCCGCAAAAAGCGAUCCGGUUCCUCAUAUUCGGCCGCACCCACAACGGACGUAUCCCUCGACAAGCUCGGCACGGCGACUCGAGCCUCCUAUAAGUCGUCACGGCGGGUUUCUGCAAAUCAAAGCGGUUUGUUCUAUUCGCCAACUGCGGGCGGCGCGGCUGCAGCUGGAUCCCAUCACAGCCUGAAUGUCACUACCGGCAACCGCAAUUCGAAUUACAUGCCUGCAGGCUUCUAUGCCGCUGCGAGCAGGUCGACCCCUCAGGAGGAGCGUCCGCAGUCUGCUACUUAUUCGGGACAUGGUGGCUUUACUUCGCCACAGGGCUACCCUCCUUCUCCCCCUCUGCCGCCUACUGGUGACUAUAAUGACUCACAUCACCACCAGCGCAACUCGUACGUAACGUCUACUAGCUCGGUGAACCUGAGCCAGCCAAGUCAUGGGAGGGCGCCCAGUGCUUAUCUUGAAGACCUUUUUGAGAACCAUGCACCCUCUCACGAUCGGGACUCAGGACGUCGAUGA